UUAUUAGUUAGUCAUGCGAUAACCACGAGACAUUCUGGUCGUGUAAACUAUAAGAUCUGAAAAGAAGUCGCAAAAACAAAAUGGAAUUUAAAUAACCCUUAAACAGAAGUGAAUAACAAACUGGACAACAAUGUUUUCUUCGUUGUUUUGCAGAGAUAUUGAGAAUGGCCAGCCAGAGGAAGGCUUUGACUCGCCUCUUCUUACAAUUGUAUCUAAUGGCGCCAAUAUAGUACCACAUAGCAAUGUCGUAAGAAGACAUAAAUUACCAAAGCUACACGCGGUAAUACCUUGCAAUGCUACCCCACCCGAACCAACCCCAUUACCGCUGACUCCUGGAACGUGUCCAACCAAUAGACGAAAUGACCGCCGCCUUCGGAGACUAAACACGGAUCUUCUGGAAGCGAUCGAGUCUUAUAACGUAGAAGAUGUAGAAAAGUUACUAGAAGAAGGGGCGAAUCCUAACGUCACAUGCCGCCUCGAUAAUGUGUCCGCUUGUCACCUGGCAGCUUUGACUGGAGGCGAUGCUUUAAACCUUUUACUUAAGUUUGGUGCUGACAAAAACCGUCUCGAUAAGUAUGGAAGGACGCCCUUACAUCUCGCAGCCUAUGCGGGAAAUGCAAGGCAGUUGGCAAUUCUCUUGGAUUUUCCUGAAGAUAUGCAAAACCGCGUGGACACAGAUGAUAUGUCACCUGAGGCAGAAGAGGACGUUAGAAGAAUGUGUCCGAUUACGAAGAAUAUGGUUAAUGUGAGGUGUGAUGUGGAAGAAGUUAAUACAGUUCUUCCGAAGAGUUGGAUGGAUGAUAUCGACCAUAACUGUAUGAGCAUAAAGGGCAGCUUACCACUACUCCAACCCGGCUGGACGCCUCUACACGUUGCGGUGUCUUGCGCAAGACGUCGUUGUACAAGACUACUUCUAGCUGCCGGGGCUAAUCCUAAUAUUUCCGACGUCCUUGGAAGAACUACAUUGGAUGUUGUGGGUUCAGCACACCAUCAUAAUGAAGACAUCAUCUCUGAAAACUUUACAGAGGUCAUUAAAAUGCUCAUAAAAGCCGGUGGAAGACACAACUUAAUGAGAUCAGAUGGCAUAAAUGAUAUAGACACACCCCUCCAUACAGCUGUAGAAUUAUCAAAUAUUGACAGUAUCAAACAACUUCUGGAUAUUGGUGUAUCUGUGGGUUGUUUAAAUGCGGCGGGUCAAACACCACUCCAUCUUUGUAUUAAGAAGCAAUUGGAGCAGGCAUUACAGGUCUUAGCCAAUUACCCAUACAAGGAUGUAGAUCUUCUGUCAGCCAUGGUUGACGUGAAAGACAGAGAUGGUCACACGGUGCUACAAGUCGCUGUAGAGGACUCAUGGGUAGCUGGUGUAUGUGUAGCCCUUGAAGCAGGUGCAGACGUUACUUUGAAGGCAAAUGAUGGCGAAACACCGAUUCAUUCAGCGGCAGCUUUAGGUAACAUAGACGUGCUCAUAGAACUUUUGAGUGUAGCCAAACAACAAGGCAUUCUCGACAGCCAAAAUGACAAAGGCGAAACAGCUUUAUUCCAGUCGAUCAUAAACGGUCACCAUGAAUGUGUAAAAACUCUUUUAGAAGAGGGGGCUUCCAUUAACAUCACAUUACCAGGCAACUUUAACGUUUUCCACGCUGCUGCUGAACAGGGACACGUAGAUAUUAUAAAAACUUUAUUAGAACAAGAACCUUUUGAAGAAUUAUUAAAAAUGAUAAAUUCCCUAACUACUGCAGAAAAAAAAGGUUUUGGUCCCAUUCAUUUUGCUGUUUUAAGAAAUAGCAUAGACUGUGUAGAAUUGUUUUUGUUAAAUGGAGCCGAUGUCAAACUGAGGACUACUAAUAGCCCAUAUCACUCCUCGACGCCAUUACAUUUGGCUGCUGAAAAUAACUUUUUGGUUGUCGCCCAGUUGAUAAUAAAGUUCGAUAAUACGACUUUAGACGAUUUCAAUGAUAAAGGCUGGUAUCCCCUUCACACUGCUAGUUAUUUUGGAAGUAGAGAUGUAAUUCUUUUACUUCUACAACACGGGGCAGAUUUAUCUAGACACACAGAAAGUGCAAGAAAACCCAAACGAACAGCAAUAGAAAUAAUUGUUAAUAACUUAUCUAAACCUACAGAAUUCUUGGACGACAUUUUUGACUCCUAUAUCAUUUGCACCUGCCAAAACUUGGAAGAUGCAAAUUGUGAAAUAACCGUUGACUACAGAAUAUUAAUGCCAACAGCUUGUGAAAUAGAUCAAAUGAAAGUAGUGGAAGCUCUUCUAAAAACUGGUAACAGAUAUGGGCAAAAAAGGCUAUUGGUGCAUCCGCUUGUCGAAAGUUUUCUUUACUUAAAAUGGAAAGCGUUAUUACCAUUUUUCUACACCAUAAUAGCUGUGUAUGCACUUUUUGUAUCAUCGGUAACCAUUUUCACAAUUUCUGUCUUCUUUUAUAAAGACACAAAUGAAACUCCUCCAGCUUGCCUUGGGCCGUCUAUUUGGAGCUAUUUUAUUUAUGCUACAGUCUGUUUGAUUAUACUCCAAGAAAUAUUAUAUAUGAAUGUUAAAAGUACAAGAUACUUAUUCCAUAUGGAAACUUGGAUAAAGUUUGGAUCAGUUGUUUUUGCUAUCAUCCUUCCCACCUCGGUGACGAUGUCUACGGACAUUGAAUGGCCAAGACAUAUAGCUACUUUAGCACUUAUUUUAUCCUGGAUAGAACUCAUGUUUCUGCUUUCACGAUUUCCCAAUUGGGGUUACUAUGUCCUUAUGUUUGGAAAAGUAGCUUCUAACGUUGUUAAAAUACUUUUGACUUUCGCGUUUUUGGUAAUUGGAUUUUCACUUAGUUUCAUGAUACAGUUCCACUCAAAAAUUCCAUUCGAGAGUCCGUGGGCUUCAUUUGUUAAAACGAUGGUGAUGAUGACAUCCGAGUUUGACUAUGAAGCUUUAUUUGAUCAAGAGCACACGCGAGAACUAGCAACUUCAAUAUUCAUAAUCCGGUUGAUUUUCUUGAUAUUUCUAAUAUUAGCGGCCAUAGUUUUAAUGAACCUCAUGGUCGGUGUUGCUGUUAGCGAUAUAAAUGAUUUAGAAAUACUAGGAAAUAUCGAUAGACUGGCGAAACGCGUAGAGUUCCUUUCAACAUUAGACAACUUAGUUUACAAUCGAUUUUUUAAUUCAAUUUUACCAAGGAAAAUAAAUGACCAUAUCAAAAAUAUAAGAAAGGUAAUUAAAAAAAUAACUCUCUGUCCUGGUAAGCCAAGAUGGAAAUAUUACAAGCUGCUUCCUACGUAUAUAAGAGAUGCUAUUUUAACCAUAGCACAAGAACAAAAGGACAUGAAAGAAGGAGAAAUUGAUAUGAAGCAGUUUAGAAUGAAAAUUGAUGAAAUGCAUGGGGCUAUGGUAAAAAUAGAAAAUUUACAAGAACAUAAAUUGAAUUUGGCUAAUCUGGAGAAAACAUUAAUACAAAAGUUUCGGCUGGAAGAUAUUCAAAAACGCUUCACUGACAUUGAUAAUGGUAUCGUGCAAGUAAAAGAGCAAAUUACUGAAAAUAAAGAAGAGAAAAGGUGCCUAAUUGAAAAACUAAAUGUUAAAGUCGAUCAAUUAUCUGUAGCUAUGGAAUCAAUUAAAGAGGUAUUAGCCCGAUUAGAAAGGAAAUUGGGAAGUUUAUAGUUCUUUCUUUUAUUAAGAUAUAAAAAAUACGCUUGUCUUUUAAGUAUAAUAAACCUAAGCCAACUUGAUUCUAGUUGGCAUUUUAUUGUUAAUAUUUUUUGAACUUUUUACGCUUAUAUUUUAUAAAGAUGUCCUAUACGGUAAAAAGAAAAAUUCCUGAUAAAGAAAUGCCUGCCGUAAGUUUUUAGCACAUAAAACUAUCUAUCUAUCGCCCUAUGUUCCCCCGACUCUUCAACUUUCUUUUCAUACAUUAGGAGGAAACCGUAAAAUCUAAUCGCUAUAUAGCAAUUUAUAUCUUCUAUAUUUGCCUUAUAUCAGAUCGGCAUAAGAAAUUGUCAUGUAGAAAGAGGUUUUUUGAUGUUAUUCAAUGUUUAAUUUUUGUGUACUUCACACGUAAAGUAAAAAAUUCAAUUUAGUGGAUAAAAUCGUUACAAUAUUAAUAAAAUGCAAUUCAAUCAAACGAAACUAUAUUAAUAACGUUAAGUGCGUUAAUGGCCACUUUCAGGAAUUUUCAACGCACACGAUCGAAGCAAUAAAUCGUAUUGAGGAGCGUCCAAACGUGAUGGGAAUUAUGUAUUUUCGAAACGGUAUGCUUUUAGUUAUGCACGGGAUAAAAUGCCUAAAGCUAAUACUUUGCGAAUGUGAAACCAGCCCAAUAAUAUAAUGUUAAUAUAUUCAUCCUGAAAAACGUAAAAAAUCAAAAGUUGUUUACGUUAUAUUAUUAUUUAGGCGUUUGCUUGUGAACGUCACAUAAAAACUAACCGCCUUAUUCAUAAAAACUAAAUCAGUGUAAUUGCACUUUUAAAACUAAAAAACUCGAAAUUAUUUUUGUCAGAUUCUAUUUACGCUGUUAUGAAAAAGACAGGAGUGUUUUUGUUAAUUCUGUCCAAUAAGAUUGAUUUAUUUUGUUAGUAAGAGCGCAAGUUUAUCAGACACAGAUGAUUCUGUCCUACAGUUUGUGACAUUUAUCGAUGAACAAAGAAACUUAUAGCGGCUAAGAGAUUCGAUGUGUUGACCUGAAGAAGGAUAUACAUUUUUACAGGUUUCCUUCAACUAACAACAGUGCCCGAGACUUUAUCGCAUAUUUUAACUAGUAGAUUACCACCUAUGACUUCAGCUUUUAGAAGGGCCAUCAGUGAAAUAGUAUGUAGAAUUCAUUGUAAACAAAUUUAAUAACUACUCAUUCUAAAACAUAAUUUUUUAUUAUAAUUUAAUAUUCAUAAAUUAUUAUGAGUUUGGUCCUGCUUCUGUAACGCCAUCCCUAGUCCCACAAUAAAAAUUAAAGCCAUAUUAUAAUGUACUCCAUUCAUAAAACCGUUCUGGUUUUUUUAAAUUUAUACGUUAAAAAAAAGCAGAGAUGUAUAGUUUAAGAUAUAGGCAAGUAAAUUAAAACUACUUUCAUUUUACUUACCUAGUAUAUCUUUGUUAUCUUAUCUUUAAUUACAUUUAAAAAAAUAAUAAAAAAAAUCCAUACAUUCUUUACAAAACGUUAAUCCAUGGCCAUCAGGAUGUGUUGGACGAACUACUGGCAUUUAGAAUCGAGACCAACUCGAUGGAGAUAAUAGUGACUGGAAACAAUGACUUCACUGCGUGUGCUAUUUUGCAUUGUACACGGAUUAACGUGCGAAAAUAGAAG